AUGUUCAAAAUUAAAGACUUUACCGGGAUGCAAUACUCCCGCGAUGGCCCAUCCAUUGGCAAACACGACUAUGAGUACUUCAAUGAACAGUAUGCCACCUCAUCCCACCAGGUGGACCAUGACAUGAAUCCUGCCCUCAUCGUCCAGCCAAAGGAAGACAAUGAUGUUGUCAAAGCUGUUCAAUGGGCAAAGGACAACAAAGUAUCUGUCGCUGUCAAGAGCGGCGGCCACCAGUACAGCGGUGCUUCAUCCACUGGCGGCAAGAACAUCCAGAUUGACCUUUCCAACACGUACAAGGACAUGAUGGUUAUUGAUGCCCCUGGCAUUCCCGAAGACAGAGCUUUGGUGUACAUCGGUGUAAGCAACCGGUUGCAAGACUUCAAUGCUUACCUUCGACACAACGACUUGUUCGUCCCGCAUGGACAAUGCGCCUAUGUAUGCACCGGUGGACAUGGUCAGACCGGAGGCUAUGGUCAACUCGGACGCAGCUUCGGUCUCCUUGGUGACCAUAUCAUCAGCAUCCGUAUGGUUGAUCACAGCGGCUCUAUCCAAGAAGUCACCAAAAAGAGUGACUCUGAGCUGUUUUACGCUAUACUAGGAGGAAGUCCUGGUAACUUCGGCAUCAUCACCCAUUAUACUAUCGAAGUGUACCGUGGUGCAAGCUACAUGGGCACUGUCGCUGGACCCAAUAACUUCAAGGGUCCUCAUGGUCUGAAGGGCUUGUGGCUCUAUGAGCCCAAGGUCCUUUCUCGUCUUCUCGGUACCAUUGCCAAGAUGUCCGACGAAGGUACAGCACCUCGUGGGUAUGAUCUAUGCUGCAGUGUUCUCAGCACAGAAUUCCCCAUCACUAUGCUGUUCCCUUCGAUGCAGGAUGACACUAUUUGGCAAAAGGUUCAAAACAAGAUCAAGAACGCCCUCAGCCAAGAGGUUCUCAACCUUCUCAACGGUAGCUUUCCUGCAGUCAUUGUUCUUUACGCCCAGUGGUGUCCCAUCAACAAGACCGACAAGUAUGACGCUACCGUGGACAAGUGGUUUCAGCAGUUCCGUGACUUCCAGAAAGACUGGAAGAACCACACUCUUCGUAUUGAGGAAUUCGAUGAGAGUAUGGCUAAACUUACUGGAAAGUGGAUCUUCCCCAAGGCAAGAGAGUUCGAUCUUCCUUAUGUCAAGCGCACAUACGCGACCAAGUCGCAGACACUCCAAAAGGACGGAUGGGUUGAUGCCACUGUCAAGCGCUUGGAUCUGAUCUUCAAUCCCCAGCAGAAGCUCGGGAACGACAAGUCUGACAAGGAAGGGGAAGUCUACGAUCAUUGUAAGCUCUCUGUUCAAAUCCAAUGUUUCGGAGGCCAGAACUCCCGCUUCUUCACCAACAAGGACAACGGCACCUCGUACAGUUGGAGAGACUCGACUGUCUUGCAGACCCUCGACUGUUUCCAUGACCCCGGUGAUCAGUACAGGCAAUAUGCGAUCAACUGGCAGGCUAAGAAUGACUCGAUCAUGAUCGGACCCAACAGUCCCUUCAGCAAGAAGGACAGACGUGUGCUCUGGGGCUCAUGGGGUGAUUGGGAUAUGAGCAAGCCUGAGAUCUGGCAGGCAUACUAUGAGGACGCAGACAAGUACAAGAGGCUGGGCAAAACGAGAGCGAGGGCUGACCCUGAUGGAACUUUUACUGCGAACCCGUUUGCUGUCACUGCGGUGAAGGACGGAGCUAAAUUGUAA